AUGUCUGAAAAUCAGCCGGCGGCGGCGUCCACAACAAUGCAGGAUUUGAUUCCAAAUUUUCGCGAUCAAAAAGUUCAGGGAGCUGUGAAGAAUUUGUUGACGUAUAGUUUGGUGAUUUUGCUUGUACCGCUCGCCUCCAUGUUUUUAUUGAAGCAGUUCUUUUUUGAAGGUGGGAUUUUUGGCUGAAAAUUUGCUGAAAAUGAUGAAUUUUAAGCUAAAAAUCAUGAAAAAUGGUCAAUUUUGAGCCCAGAACCAUGUUUUUGACUCAAAAUCCCACAAAAAUCGAUAUUUUCUCAUUAGAGCGCAUUUGCUCACCCGAAUUCAAAAAAUUUAUCGAUUUUCAUGGAUUUUGAGUAAAGAGCCAUUGAAAAAUGCAUAAAACGAGGUUUUUGGCUGAAAAUGAUGAAUUUUAAGCUAAAAAUCAUGAAUUUUCUCAUUAGAGCGCAUUUGCUCACCCGAAUUCGAAUUUUUCAUGGUUUUCAGGUCAAAACUUCAAUUUUUCAUCAAGAAAAUCGAUUUUCAGCUCGAAAAUCAUCAGAAUUCAUGAUUUUCAACCCAAAAUUCAGAAAAAUCGAUAUUUUUUUGAAUUCGGACAAGCAAAUGCGCUCCAAUGAGAAAAUAUCGAUUUUUGAGAUAAAAACAUCGUUCUGGGCUCGAAAUUGACCGUUUUUCAUGAUUUUCAGCCAAAAACCUUGAAUAUUGAGCUGAAAACCAGGAAAAAUGAUCGAAAUCAAUUAUUUUUUUGAAUUCGGACGAGCAAACGCGCUCCAAUGAGAAAAACUCGAAAAUUUCCGUUUUUCGAGCUAAAAACAUGGUUUUUGGCUCAAAAUUAACCUAAAAAUCCGGAAUUUUCAAGAUUUUCAGCCUAAUUUUAAUUUCAGCUCUGCUCGGCUACCAACCAAAUGAUGCUCUCACAUAUUCAGCCAUAAUUGCAGUCAUUUUGGUGCACGUCGUUUUGGCCUUCUGGCUUUUCGCCGCCACAAAAGAGGACAAAAAGAAGAGCGAGAAUAAAUUUGACUAA